AGAACACAACUACUCUGAGUAGGCGGGAUUUCCUUUCAAUUCUAGCAUCGAGGCCUCCGUUGAAGGGCACAGUCUUCUCGCAAUCUUGUCAAGGGUCCUCUGCUCAAAAUUCACAAACCAUCAUGGGAGGUCAUGACGCAGGAACGGCGCACCAGUUUACUGGGUUUGCUAAGUACUUCAACGCCUACACCAUGGUCGGCAGGAGAAAUUGUGUUUUGGCCACAUAUGCCACCCUAGCAGCAAUCGGUCUCUUCUUUAAAUUGAAGCCCAAGAAACAAGCCGCAGUCACUGGGAAGUAAAAUGGGUAUAAACAAUCAACUGUGUUGUGCUUGUGUCCUUUACAGAUGUACAAUUGAUUUGUGUCUGCUGGGAGUGGAGUAGGCAGCUGGAUGUGCUUGGAAUAUAAUGUCUGCAUAGUUUCUUUAUGUUAUCAAUAAAGACCAUUGAUGCCGAAAACAUAAAAACAA